AUGGCGUCUUCCUCAACGUUGCAGGCGAGCUUGGAUCGAUGGUCGGCGCGGCUGACCUCGCUUCCAAGCAUCGCACUGCCCACCGACUAUCCACGACCUGCCACCUCGCAGCUCGUACAGGCACUCUCGUCGUCGACGCUCUCCUCGGCCACAAGAAAGGACCUCGUGCGUCUGGCUCUCCACCACGAGCUCGACCUGCAUCCCGCCGAGCACGCUGAUGAUGACGAGGACAACGCGAGCCCGACGCCGUUCCACCUGCUCCUCGCCGCGUUCUGCGUGCUCCUUCACCGAUACACAGGCGACACGGACCUCGUCAUUGGCUCGUCCAACCCAUACACGGGCGAGCCUCUCAUCCUCAGGAUCCCCAUCGAGCCCAACGAUCCCUUCUGGCAGAUCGUCCGCCGCAUCCAGCAGGUCGAGAAGGAGGCGGCCGCCGAUGCCGUGCCGUACGACGAGAUCGUCAAGCGCGUCGAGGCCGAGCGUGCCGAGCGAGAGGGCCCGCUGCCCGAAGGCGUGCAGAGCGCACCCAUCUUCCGCGUCCGCUUCUUCGACGAGACAGGCGGCAAGGCUCGCAACUUCAUGCAGUCGACAUCGCUCACCACCGACCUCACCGUCUUCCUCACCAAGCCCGGUGCCACACCCGGCGACGACUCGGCCAACGCGGCCACCCCUGCGGAAUCGGCCACGCCUUCGUCCCACACGUUCCGCGACUCGUUGGUGCCCAACAUCGCCGUGCACCUGUCGUACAACUCGCUGCUCUUCUCCUCGCAGCGCAUGCAGCUCAUCCUCGCCCAGCUCUCCCAGCUCAUCUCCGUCGCUGCAUCCAACCCAGCCGCCGCCGUCGGCAGCCUGCCCAUCCGCACGCCGCAAGAGAACGCAUUCCUGCCGGACCCCACCAAGGACCUCGAGUGGUGCGGAUUCCGCGGCGCCAUCACACAGAUCUUUGAGCGCAACGCACGCGCGCACCCGGACCGCAGGUGCAUCGUCGAGUCGCUUGCCGACGACUCGGGCUCGCUCGCCGAGCCCUCGGCUCCGGCAAGCCGCGUGCGCGAAAUCACCUACGGCCAGCUCGACCGCGCCUCCAACGUGGUCGCUCACCAUCUCCUCCAGGCAGGUGUCCAGCGCGAGGAGGUCGUUACGACCUACGCCCACCGUGGUGUCGACCUCGUCGUCGCUGUUCUCGGUACGCUCAAGGCCGGCGCGACAUUCAGCGUGAUCGACCCGGCGUACCCGCCUUCGCGCCAGAACAUCUACCUCCAGGUCGCCAAGCCUCGCGCCCUGAUCGUGCUGGCCAAGGCAGGCGUCCUGCAGCCCUCGGUGCGCAAGUGCAUCCAGGACGAGCUCGAACUCCGCACCGAGGUCCCAGCGCUCGAGCUGCUCGAUGACGGCUCCGUUCGGGGUGGCGCUGCGUCGCAAGGCGGUGCUGAUGUGCUCGAACAGCAGCAGGCGCUGGCGGGCGAGAGCACCAACGUCGUGCUGGGUCCCGACAGCGUGGGUACGCUCUCGUUCACCUCCGGAUCCACCGGCAUUCCCAAGGGUGUCAAGGGACGCCACUUUUCGCUCACCCACUUCUUCCCCUGGAUGGGCGAGCGCUUCGGCCUCGGAGCGCACGAGCGAUUCACCAUGCUUUCCGGUAUCGCCCACGACCCCAUCCAGCGCGACAUCUUCACUCCGCUCUUCUUUGGCGCCGAGCUGCACAUCCCCACAUCCGAGGAUAUCGGUACGCCUGGCCGUCUCGCCGAGUGGAUGGCGGCGACCAAGGCGACCGUCACGCACCUCACCCCCGCCAUGGGUCAGCUGCUGAGUGCGCAGGCGACGGCGCUGAUCCCUUCGCUUCGCAACGCCUUCUUUGUGGGUGACGUGCUCACCAAGCGCGACUGCACGCGUCUGCAGGCGCUUGCCGCCAACGUCUGCAUCAUCAACAUGUACGGCACCACCGAGACGCAGCGUGCGGUGAGCUACUUUGCCAUCCCUCCCGUCAGCACCUCGACCACCUUCCUGCAGACGCAGAAGGACAUCAUGCCCGCCGGACAAGGAAUGAUCAACGUCCAGCUGCUCGUCGUCAACCGCAACGAGCGCACCGCCACCUGCGCCGUGGGCGAAGUCGGAGAGAUCUACGUCCGCAGCGGUGGCUUGGCCGAGGGUUACCUUGGACCCCCGGAGGUGACGGCUGAAAAGUUCAUGCCCAACUUCCUCGCGCCCAACCUCAGCUUCCCCGAUACCAUCAAGGACAAGCCCGAGGGUCAGUUCUGGAAGGGUAUCCGCGACCGCAUGUACAAGACGGGUGACCUGGGUCGCUACCUCGCCGACGGCACCGUCGAGUGCACGGGCCGUGCCGACGACCAGAUCAAGAUCCGCGGCUUCCGCAUCGAGCUCGGCGAGAUCGACACGCACCUUUCGCGCCACCCGCACGUGCGCGAGAACGUGACGCUCGUACGUCGCGACAAGGACGAGGAGAAGGUGCUCGUUUCUUACUUUGUGCCCGGCGCCGGUGCUGCCGAGUUCGAGGAGCAGGUCACCGAGGACGACGAGGGCGCAGCGGCGGCAGGAGGCAAGGCCGCCCGCGACGCCAUGCUCGUCAAGGGCAUGCGCCGUUACCGCACGCUCAUCAAGGACAUCCGCGACCACCUCAAGCGGAAGCUGCCAGCCUACUCGGUGCCGACGCUGUUCGUUCCGCUGCACAAGAUGCCGCUCAACCCCAACGGCAAGAUCGACAAGCCUGCGCUGCCCUUCCCCGACACCGCCAUGGUGGCCGCUGUGGGCUCGGGCAGCUCGUCCGGUGGCAAGAACGGUGCGGACGCUGCGGCUGCGCUGGCGGCUGCUUCGCCAACCGAGCGCUCCGUAACGGAGCUAUGGUCGCGAUUGCUGCCCAACGCACCCUCGCCGAUCCCGCUCGACGAGAGCUUCUUCGACCUCGGAGGCCACUCGAUCCUGGCCACGCGCCUGGUGUUCGAGAUGCGCAAGCAGUUUGUCAUCAACGUGCCUCUUGGAGUUGUCUUCGACGCUCCCACUGUUCGAGGUCUCGCCAAGGCUGUCGACCAGCUGCGCCAGGCCGAUCUUGGCCUGGGUGCUUCGCAAGCCAACGGUUCGGCGGCCUCGGCCAAGCCGAGCGAGGAGGCGAACCUGGACGAGAACUACGGCGCCGACGUGGCAACGCUGACGCCGAGCCUGCCCGAGUCGUUUGCGGGUGACAAGGUCAAGACGGCUGCGGCAGGACCACGCACCGUGCUGGUGACGGGUGUCACUGGCUUCUUGGGCGCCUUUAUCCUGUACGACUUGCUGACCAAGCGCGCGUCGAGCGUUGCCAAGGUGUACGCGCAUGUGCGAGCCAAGGACGAGGCGAACGCGCUCGAGCGUCUGCGCGAGGGCUGCAAGGGCCGAGGCAUCUGGGACGACAAGUGGGUGAGCGAGGGACGUCUCGAGGUGGUUCUGGGUGACCUGGCGGCACCGCAGCGCCUGGGCAUGUCGGAGGCGGCGUACGCCAAGCUGGCGGACGAGGUGGACGACAUCCUGCACAACGGUGCUCUCGUGCACUGGGUGUACCCCUACAGCAAGCUGCGUGCUGCCAAUGUGGGCUCGACGAUCUGUGCGAUCAAGCUGUGCAACACGGGCAAGAAGGCCAAGACGCUCACGUUCGUGUCGAGUACCUCGGCGCUGGAUACCGACCACUACAUCCGACUGUCGGACUCGAUCGUGCACGGUCAGGACCCUGCGCAGAAUGGAUCGGCGGAGCAGCUGCACGGUGUGCCCGAGACGGACGACAUCGAGGCCAACAGCCGCGGCCUCACCACGGGCUACGGUCAGUCCAAGUGGGUGGCAGAGAAGCUCAUCAUGAUCGCUGCGUCGCGCGGACUCAAGGCGUCGAUCGUUCGACCGGGCUACGUCGUGGGUGACUCCACGACGGCGGUGACCAACACGGACGACUUCCUCUGGCGUCUCGUCAAGGGCUCGAUCCAGCUGGGCUUGGUCCCCGAUAUGCACAACCCGAUCAACAUGGUGCCCGUCGACCAUGUGGCGAGGAUCGCCACGCUGGCUUGCCUCAACAAUGCGCUGGAGCUCGACACGAUCAACAAGACGCCUGGCACCAACGCCAAGGUGUUCCACGUGACCAACCACCCGAGCAUCCGAUUCAACGACAUGCUCGGCCAGCUCAGCCGCUACGGCUGGAGGGUGGAAAAGACCGAGUACGUGCACUGGCGCGCGAGGCUCGAGGAGCACGUGCUCAGCACGGGCUCGGGCUCGGUCGAGGACAACGCGCUGUUCCCGCUGCUGCACUUUGUGCUGGACGACUUGCCGACGUCGACCAAGUCGCCUGAGCUGGACGACCGCCACACGCAGGCGAUCCUCGACGCUGCCUCCGAGGGCAAAGCCCAAGGCACGGUCAUGGGCGUCGACCGCUCGCUCGUUGGGACGUACCUCGCCUGGCUGCUGGCGGUUGGCUUCCUGCCUGCGCCGUCGCAGGCGGAUGCGGAACCGCUGCAGCUCGCCAACAUCGGCACAGAGAUGAAGGCCAUCGGCCGUGGAUCCGCCAACUAG